CCGACCGCGAGGAUUGAAUUCCGAUAACGGACCGCCAGAUUAGUUGCAAGGAAGAGAUCAAUUGGAUCAAUUGGACGAACGACGACGACGGUGAAGAUGGAGAAGUCAACCACUGAUCAGAAAACGCAAGAGCUGCCUCCGCCGACGACUGCUUCCCAACCAGCUGUCGCAACACGCGACGCCAUUCAUCCCGCGUUCUACGUCGCCGUAUGGAUCGCCCUCUCGUCGUCCGUGAUCUUGUUCAACAAGUACAUCUUGUCAACAUUGAGGUUUCCCUUCCCAAUCUUCCUGACGGCGUUGCACAUGUCAUUCGCAACCGCGGCAACCCGAAUCUUGGCAAAAACGACAAAGAUGUUGGAUUCGCGACAUGAAAAUCCUAUGGAUUGGUCUCAAUGGAGCAAAAGCGUGUUGCCUAUUGGAGUUGCUUUUUCGGCGAGUUUGAUCUUUUCGAAUCAGGCGUACAUCUAUCUCUCUGUGGCCUUCAUUCAGAUGCUCAAGGCUACCACGCCGGUCGUAGUCUUGUUUGCAUCCUGGGGUUUCGGUAUGGCUGCGCCGUCGAAGAAGGUAUUCAUGAAUGUCUUCGUCAUUGUUCUCGGAGUAAUGAUUGCAAGUUACGGAGAGAUCCACUUUGUUGCGAUCGGCGUCGCGUUCCAGGCUCUCGGCAUUGUCUUCGAAGCAACCCGUCUGGUCAUGGUCCAGAAGUUGCUGAGCUCGAGCGGGCACAAGAUGGACCCCAUGGUCUCUCUUCAUUAUUUUGCUCCGGUCUGUGCUUCCUUUUUGACGGUCAUCGCUAUGGUGUUUGAGGGUCCUCGUUUGAGUAUCGAAGACAUCCUGCGCGUAGGCGUCCCCUUCCUUCUCUUCACCGCGGCCGUCGCUUUCAUGCUGAACGUCUCUGUGGUCAUCCUUAUCGGCCGCACUUCAUCUCUCGUUCUCACCCUCUCUGGUGUAUUGAAGGAUAUCCUUCUCGUCUCUGCGUCUUUCCUCCUCUUCGGUGAUCCCAUCACCGGUACUCAAAUCUUUGGGUACAGCAUUGCUUUGGGAGGAUUGAUGUGGUACAAGAUGGGAACCAAAGAAAUGGAGGCAGUGUUGAUUCGUGCAAAGUCGUUGAAGUCGAAAUUUGGCAGGCUCGGAAGGAGAAAGGCAACGGCGUUUCUCGUGAUGUUUGCGACAGGCAUUGCAAUGCUGUACGUUUACUACGGCGACCAUGUGGAGACGUUGAAGAGUGCUGCAAUGGCGGCGAGACAUGGUUAUGGGCACCUAUGAGCUUUGUGGAGUUGGAUACCAGUAUAUCUUGGAAA